AUGCCGUUAGGAAUCCUGGACGAUACGAAACUCGAACAUGUUCCGGGCACAGCGCCACUCAGUGAAUUGGGCCGGACUGAUCUCGAGGUCGCGCCUGGUAUCGACCAAGGCCUGCUCAAGCACGAUGCAACUGGGCAGAUUGUCCUUAUACCACAGCCUUCGGACUCCCCGAACGAUCCAUACAAUUGGCCAAGGUGGAAGAAGGAAUUGUUCACAGUUGUCAUCGCAUAUGGUUGCGGCUGUGUAGGAGCUGUUGGACCACUGUUGACACCAGCGUUCGUGCCGCUAGCUGCUCAAUUCGGAGUACCACUCCAACGCUUCACAUUAGGCUGCAAUGGAGCCUGUAUUGUUGCGAUUGCCGCCGGCAGUCUGCUAUGCAACACGUUGGCUGUCAAAGUCGGAAAGCGACCCAUCUACCUUCUGACCACACUUGGGCUGGCGAUAUCGUGCUUCUGGGCUGCAGAAGUCAAGAGUUUUGGGUCAUUGGCAGCAGCAAGGACCAUCCAGGGCUUCUGUAUGGCUCCUUUCGAGGCAUUGAUUCCAGCUUCCGUCGCAGACAUAUGGCAUGUUCAUGAGCGUGGUUUCAGAAUGGCCAUCUUCAACCUGGGUGUGCUAGGCGGUAUCAACCUUGCCGGGCCAAUUGCCGGAUCCGUUAUCCAAACUGGCUCCUACCGCAUAGCUAUGCAUGGCAUGGGCGGAGCUUUCGUGCUGAUGCUUCUUCUCGUCGUAUUUCUCAUGCCCGAAUCUGCGUUCUCGCGACAUGACGCGCUCAACAUCGACACCAGCGACAAGACAGUCGACACUGGCAUAUCCGAGAAGCAGUUCGCGGAGCAUAUCGAGGAUCGACCAGCUGCAAGCGAGUCAUCAGCACCACGAAAGACGUUCAUGCAAGAUCUUCUUCCAUGGUCUGGCUAUUGGGACCACGUUUCAUUUUGGAGAACCCUCCUGCGCCCAUUUGUCCUCAUUCUGUCCCCAAUCGUUAUGUGGGCAACGCUUCUCUUCACCAUUUGCAUCUCCUGGCUUGUGUUGAUCUCCAUCACACUGUCGCAAAUCUUUUCAGCACCACCAUACAACUUCUCUGUCAGCGCAGUUGGUGCGACUAAUGUUUCGUCUUUUGUCGCAUCAGUGCUAGCCACACUGGUCGCUGGAACGGUCAUCGACGGUGUUGCAAAGUACAUGGCGAAACGCAACAACGGAAUCUUCGAACCCGAAUUCCGGCUACCAGUUAUGGCCACUUACCUAAUAUUCACAGCUACUGGUUUCUUCGCAUGGGGCCAGAGCUUGUACAAGAGGGAGCCUUGGCCGAUUCCAGUAAUCGUCUGUAUGGGGUUGAUUAAUUUCGGCGUUCAGUUGGGAACGACAUCUGUGGUUACGUACGUCACGGACUGCCACCGCGAGCAAUCGGCCGAAGCUUUUGCUAUCAUGAAUUUCAUCAAGAACAUGUUUGCGUUCGGCUUGACCUUCUACGCAAAUGACUGGAUCGUCGUGCAAGGGGUAAGGAACUGUUUCUACGUCAUUGGCGGUACCACCGUGGCUGUGACGUUAACGACUAUUCCCAUGUAUAUUUUCGGCAAAAAGGCAAGAAGCUGGGUGUUCAGGUACCGUGUACUUGAUAGGGUACUGAAGACUAAAUGA